GGGAUAGUGAGGGAGAGAGAGAGGGCAUUGUCAGAGAAAGAGUGAAAGUGAGGGAGAAUGGACGACCGAGCCUCUAACGCCUAGACGCUAGCAAAUCAGUUUUUAAACAUUACUGAAAGUCAACUAACGAUUUCGUGAUUUCGUGUGGGGGAAAACGUUAAAAUAAUCUGUUCACAAUGAAGAAAGGCACAGAGUCUGACAAUAAUUACUGAGAAAGACGGAGAGAUCUAAAGAAAGAGGGAAGCGAAGGGGUAAGACAGGGAUUUCGAGCAUCGGUGGGUUAACAGGCCCCCCCUCUCCCCAUAAAAGAAGGCGAAAAGUAAUAAUAGACGACGAAAGGAGGUGCAAAAAGACAAAGACGGAGUUGCAUGUAUCUAUUUUCAGCGAUGAAUUUUAAAGAAGGGGUUUGUAGUCUGUUGACAUAAAUCCAUUCAGGAGAAGGCCAAACCAGCACACAGGAAUAGCAACAUGUCUCGCUCAGAAGAGGUCAACAAGAUGACCGAAAACGUGUACAAGGGGAUCCUGGAGCAGUUUAAUCCCAGUCUAAAGAAUUUUGUCACAAUGGGGAAACACUAUGAAAAAGCCCUAACAGGAGUCACGGUGGCAGCUAAGGGCUACUUUGAUGCUCUGGUCAAACUGGGAGAACUGGCCAGUGACAGCCAGGGGUCCAAAGAACUGGGUGACACGUUAUUUCAAAUGGCUGAGGUUCACAGGCAGAUUCAAGUGCAGCUGGAGGACGUGUUGAAGCUGUUCCACUCUGAGCUGCUGUCCCAGCUGGAGCAGAAACUGGAGCUGGACAUUAAGUACUUGACAGCUACCCUGAAGAAGUACCAGAGUGAGCGCAAGUCGAAGGCAGACUCCAUCGAGCGCUGCCAAUCUCAGCUCAAGAAGCUCCGCAGGAAGAGCCAGGGCAGCCGCCACCCCAACAAAUAUGGAGAUCGAGAGAUGCAGUUUGUGGAGUUGAUGAGUAGACGGCAGGGGGAACUGGACACCAUGGUUGCCGUUGGUUACCGCUCAGCCCUGACAGAGGAGAGGAGGAGGUACUGCUUCCUGGUGGACAGGCAGUGCGCCGUCACCAAGCUCCUCAUCAACUACCACAGCAAGGUGAGGGAGCUCCUGUCCCAGAAGCUGUCGUCAUGGCAGCAGUCCUGCACACAGCCCACACGACUGCCGGACAGAGCCCUCAACCUGCUCCGACACACAGCCCCUCAGGGGUCCGCGGCUGCUGGGAUAGCUGAGGUCCUCCGACAUGCCAAGCUGGGUACUUCACAGUCACAUGAGCAGAGACUGUCUGUGCAGGAAGUGCCUCCACUGCUCAAUGGCGAGACCACCCUUCGUACGCAGCGUGCCAAUCCAUCCUCCCAGAAUGAGACCCUUACCCACAAUCCCCCUGGCCCCCAAACUUUCCGCAGCAUCUCUGCGCAGUCACCACAGCCAGCCUCUCUCACCCUUGGUAACAGCACCAGUAACAGCAGCGCCAUAGCCAGCGCCAGCCAUUCCCAACAUACAUCGCUCCACUCGACGACCAGCAACUCAAGUCUCUCCAAUAACGCACCUGCUAUUUCUCUCAGCCACUGCUCCCCAAUAUCCCACAGUUCCUUGCAAGGUUUAUCCCUGUCCCAGAAUGCUCCCCAGAGCCCUCCUCUCCCCCACAGUGCCCCUCUCUCUAGGGCUAUGACACCAGUGCCUCACCUGGAGGUCGCUAGCAGCUCCCCGCCUUCCCACAACCCUUUGCUCCUGAAAGCAGCAGAACUCUAUGCCACUUGCACGUUGCCUCUACCACGGAAACCAGUCAAUGAAGCUCGUCUGGGAUUUUUGGGGGCUACUCUGCCUCGAGUCCUCCCUCUUUCCCCCCCGCCCAGAGUGGAGGCCCUCUUCUCUCACGCUCCUGGAGGUGGGGAGGGACCUGGAGGAGGGGGGUCCUGUCUUCUGCACUUCCUCCCAGGAGAUUCCCUUAUUCUGCUGAUCUCUGAGCCACGGGAUGGGUGGCACUAUGGACAAAACGAGAGGACUGGACGGAAAGGCUGGUUCCCCUUCUCUUACACCCAGCCCUACCCGUGGUCACCCAAGCAUCCUGAAAACAGCUCGCCACCUCUCUCCAAAGCUAACAGCAACAGUACUGGCCAGCUGGACAAGCUGGGAUCCCCCGGAGCGCAGCACCUCAGUCCAGAGGCGGGGGAGGACCAGCCCUCCCCUCCACACACAGUUAGCACGUUCCGCCCUCGGCCUUACAGCAUGGUCAACCCUGGCACUACUCAGGUCAGGCGCUGGAAGGAGCCAGAACCCUUCCCAAAACUUUCUGCAGAGUUUGCUUCCCCUCCACCUUCCCCAACAAGGAGCAAUCCUUUCGCCCACGUCCGGCUCCGAAAGACAGUGACCAAUGAUCGUUCUGCACCAGUCAUCCAAUAGGAAGCCUGUCUCAAGGAUCAGCCAAUGUGAUAACACACUUAAAGGAGGGUAUUUUGUUUUUUUACAAGUAAUUCCAUUCAUAAAGGUGAACAAACAGAGAAUGUUUAAGCUGGAAGAGCACUGUGUUAAAAACUAAUUCCUUGGAAUGAUGUGUUUUCAUGUAAAUUGGGCAUUUUGAAUAUGUUUUUCAGUGAGCCUGAAGAGUUAAUUGUGAGGAUUUUGUGAUGCUAGUUAUAGUCACAUGUCUAACAAUAAUUAUUCUACAACCUAAGAGAUUACAUGUAAACCAUUGUUUUUUACCCUCUCAAUUACUUUGCUUAACACAUUAUAUAUUUUCGUUUAUAGAGUGGUUGACUGAUUAUAUUGCUUUGUGAAUCGUAAACACUUAUAAAGAAAUUCACUGCUUCCCAGUAUUUGAGAACACACUAAAAUGUCCCUGAGGAAAUCAAGGAUACCUGGUCAAAGCCUGUGACCUUCAGGUCAAAGAUAUACUUUAAUUGUGACUAGUUGGUUAAAUUUACUUUAGAUUAGAUUUUGCCUGCAUUUUUUCUGUAUCUGUUAAGGAGCUAUGGGUAUUUGCCCUAGUUGCUUAGAAUUAAGUAGUAUAGUGCGCUUUAGUUUAGUAGAGCUAUUAGCAAAUGUCCUCGUGGAAAAUAAACAUUGCUGCUUGUCACAGGAUAUAGUAGAUAUUUUGCAGGAAUUUUAUUUCAGUGUCACGUGAGUUAAAGUUUUUAAUUGAAAAUGUGCUCAAAAAGAGAUGUUUGAUUACUUUUUCCAUUGUUAAAAAAUGUUAUGCCAUACUUUGGUUUGUCACAAUUUCUUGUGCUUCUAUAGUACUGUAUUUGUCGACCUGUCUCGUCUGUGUCAGUUUAGGAGAGCAGUAGCUGCAGCUUCUCUUCAGUGUGUAGAGUGACUCCAGACCCUGGGCAUAGAACUGCCCUGAGAGCCAGCACUUGAGCUGGAUGUGCCAUGGGCUCCCCUAUGCAUACGGCACGGUUCAGGAUCUGCAGAUUCUGAUUGCCCAGUUUUACUGCAUGAACCUCACAAGACAACACUGAGACACUUCCUUUAUUAGUCACAAUGGAGUUUGCAUUUAAUGUGCUGUCUCAGUAUUGCGAAUUAACCUGAAUUCAGUUUGAACUUGGCUCUGAUUAAUCUCUGUACUCACUCGUUCAGAAGUCUUUGAGAAUCUAGGUGAAUAAAUGGUAUGAAUUGCCACAUUUAGAGAAAGUAGUAUACUGUACAAUUCUGGUCACAUUUGAAGGGCAAUUCCAAGUUGGGAAUAUAAAAUCUGCAAGGGAUGUGUAGUUUACUUUUGAUCCAGCACAUUAUAUAAAUGAUAUCAUACAUUUAGAGAGCUUAGUUGAACAUAUAUGAAGGCAGAUAAAUGAUACACUUGCACAAGUAUAUUUCUAAAGAAAAAAGCUAUCUAAAAUUAGAAGUAUUCUUUAAAAAAAUAAAAUAAAGAAUAUUGAGCAGUAGCUACUUUGCUUAAUUUGGGGCACUAUCAAAUGCAAUUGUGCAAAGAGUAUAAUCACCCCAAAUUGUUAGUUAGACGUGUUUGUCAAGUGUAAAUUUGAAGGAUGGAUCUGCAUAUAUCUUUGCAAUUGGUCUACAUUUAUAUUUUUCUUUGUGAUAUCUCUUUUUCAAACACUGAAAGCAUAUUGUGUACAGAAAUGGAUGACGGGAGCUAGCCGCCUGUAACAUGUAUAACUGGCUUAAUUUACCAUAAGCACUUACACAAGCUUGAGUGCAGCAAUGCCAGACGUAGUUAUGGUUUGGACAGUUGAGAGUUGAGAGAAAAAUGAAGGUUUAGGACUGCAUGGAAAUUUCUUUCUUAGAGAUUUGAAUCAAAAGGAUAGCAUAAAUGCACUCUCUUUAACUAAACCCAGUCCUCAUUUUGACUGUGUAUUCAAGGUAGAGGUAAAUAUUUUAGUGGACCUCAGUUCUCGUUUUUGAGCUCUCUACGUUUUCUGAAGUGCUUUAUUGUGAAUCCAAGGUGCGGGGGAUGACACAUAAAAUAAUUCAGAGCUUAGCACAAACAAGAAUUGCUGAGGGAUUACAGGACUGAGACUGAGGUAGAAAAAGUGAUGUAAAAGUUAUCAGUACAAAUUUGAGGGUGGAGAGGGGGUGAAGAAAGUUACUGGAAGUUGAAAUGUGCAUGAGUAAGUGUAAGAGGCAAGCCAGAUGUGUGAAGUGGAGCUACUCUCAUUCUCUCUCUGUCCCGCUCUUUCUGUCCUUCUCUUUGUUAACCUUUAUUGUUAAAGAUUAGGUUAGGUUAGCUAGUAGCAUUGUUGAGUCCUGAGUUUAAGCAGUAGUCUAAAGUUUAGAAAUAAAGGUUGAAAAUGUAUAACUAAGGCUGGCUUUCUUUUUUCUUUUUUGCAUGUGUAGGAUUUACACACCAAUUAGAGACUAACUUUUUACAUUCCUAAUUUACAUUUUCAAGCUACGGCAUAUACCUUUGUAGUCAUAAAAAAAGCCAUUAUUUUUUCCCUGCACCCCAGUACUGUGUAUAGGAGAGGUUGUGUGUGAACAAAUGAGUAUGAAAUUUAUCAAAGCGCUGCAGGAAUUGUAACACUCACAAAGUAAAUCAUGCUUGAUAUUGUUUGUAAUAACAAUUAAUUCCUUAUUUCCUUUCUCCCCCCAAUAUGCUAUCAAUGUACUGAUAUUAUGUAACACUUUUACUUUAAGUAAAUAUAAUUAUAAAUGUUCUAGAAAUUAUAACAACUAUAUUUUAAUUUCAAACUUCAACUUUUAUAUUGGAAGAAUUUACAUCUUCAGGAUUAAAACACCUGGCUACAAAAAAGCAAUUGACUAGUUAGAGAUGCUUAUCCACCGCCCAGAGACCUGACUACUGUUCCACAACUGCAAAUGUCGGCCUGAUCUCUGCUCACCUGACAUGAUGCCCUUUUGCCUCUUCAUUGUGAUACCAGCUCCAGUUCAUCUCUCUCUGGUCUGUAUGCUUUAGGACCAAAUUAUAUCCUUGAUUCAUCGUGCUACUGUAUAUACAAUACAUUCUUACAUGAAGCUACUGCUGGGGUAUGUAUCUGUUCCCAUCUGAUUUAUAGUUUUCCUGUUGUGACUCACCCUUAUCAGCAGAUCUAAAAUUCUGCAGAAGAGAUUAGUUGACUAGAGCUGGUUUCCAGACGUCUGACUGCGCACAACUAAUUAUUUUGUGUUUUGAAGCUCUAAAUAAACAUGUUAAUCACUAAAUGUGUUGAAUGAAUGCUACAUUUGUGAUCAACAACAAGCAUUUUUCUGGUUUCCUCAAAAGUGGUUAAAAUGGCAUCAAGCUAAUUAGUGUCACUACUCUGCUUCUACCAUGGCCACUAAUGUGUCCUCCCAAAUACAUUUGAGCUGUGAUUUUCUGUUUGCUACACAAUGUAACUCAAUAAAUACAUUUAGACACAAGUUUCCACCUGUGACUGAGUGCAGCCUAUUAAGAAUCUCCUUGUAUCCAUGAAAAGUAUUAGUCAAGAUGGUUCAUGUCAUAAUACCCCACAAUGCAGACUGGAGGCAAUGUGAACCUUGUAUUUUGCCCACUCUUAAACAGGAUAAUGGAAAAAGCUGUGGGAUUUCGAUGAAAACUGGAAUGAGAUGAUACGAACUCUGUCAGCCCCAAUUUAGUUAUUAUGGUUAUAGUAAUAAGAUCAUUAUUCUUGUUACAUUAGGAACAUAACUGCAUUUCCUAUGUGUUCUUGUGUGGAAGGGAGUUUAUUAAAGGUUUUGAGCCUCA